AUGUAUUUCAUCGAACAUGAUAUGCACCGCGAGAAUUUUUCUAUGGAAUUUAUUGAACAUACAACAAAAGUUCUCGUUGAACGACAAAAACAAUUCCAACGAUUAUUUCGUACGAACACUCCCUCAACUGAUGAUCAUCGUGUAUUACAAUAUGAAGUCAGUCUUCAACAGCGCGCGCAAGACUUUCAAUUGUCCGUAGGUGCACAAGAAAGUUUUUCUGCGAUAAAGGUAAAAUGUUCAGAUGUAUUUGAUUUAUAUAUUCGUCAGUGUAUACAAUUUCAUUCAACAAUGAGUGUGGGUGGUGUAUUUGAAAAUCUCCAUGAUAUAACAGAGCGUGUUUUUGGACAGCAGAUCACUAUGGAUGAGACGCACUGGCAAUCAUUUGACUUAGCUUUGAAUGAUAUUCCGCUAAUCGCUCCACAGAUAACUUGCCAUAAGAAGUCAUAUCCAAAACAAGAUCAAUAUAAAGAUGUUUUUCUUCGUCAAGAUAGCAUUUAUUCAACAGAGGAGUCCAAAAAAGAUGUGAGUUUCAUUGAUCUGAUUAAAUCAGUUCGAAACGAGCGUUGGAUGGUACUUUUGGGUAGUGCAGGUAGUGGAAAAACAACCUUUGUACGAUGGUUGACUUGGAAGUUUGCUCAAUCUGUUUUGGUCGAGAAGGAAAAUGUAGUUCUUCAUGAUAUCAAUAUGGGAUCUCCACGUAUUCCAAUCUUGAUUCGAAUAGGAGAAUUUGUUCAGUGGUUAGAUCGAUAUCCUACUGGGACUUUAUUCGAUUACAUUGGACAACAGACAUGGCUUGGUCAAACUUACGUAUGCCAGAAAUUUGAAAUGUUAAAAGAAUUUGUUCGACAUGGAAAUGCAUUGAUUAUUCUUGACGGAUUAGAUGAAAUAGCAACGUUCGAGUUACAUGGUCGAAUAGUUGCUUUGGUACGUACUUUCAUGGAAUCUCAUUGUAUGUCAAACGAAUUUGUCUCACCAUUUGAUAAUGAUCGUUUGGCAAAUACGGAAUUGACAUCGGAUUUCCAGUGUGAAGGUUUAUUAGGAGGAAAUCUAAUUGUUAUAACAAGUCGAAUUGUCAAUUACAACGCCCAACCUCUAUCUGGUCCAAUGAUUUCGCAUUAUCUUAUUCAACCGAUGAACAUCGAUUACCUUUAUUGUUUUAUUCAUAAUUGGUGUUUGCAUGUUCAGGAUGAAAUCAAUCAUGUACUUAUUCAAAAUAUCCCCGAUAUUAAAAGGAAGAAAAUCCUAAUUCCACAUUGGCUUAAUGCGAAACUUUUGAUUUCUAAGAUCAAAGAAGAAAAAGGAUUAGAAUCGCUCGCAUCGAAUGUUUCUGUUCUCUCAAUUAUCUGUAUGUUAUUCACUCGAUAUGGUAUUGAUGUUCUUGAAAAAAGUCGAGUUCGACUUUACCAGCAAGUAGCAGAAUUGAAGCUUGAAAGGUGGCAACAUCGUCAAUUGAAUAUUCCUAAAGAUGCGCUCAUGUCACUCUUCUCUAACAUUGCUUUCUACAUUCAUUCUCGCCUAGGAUCAGGUUUGAUUGAUGAACUCGAUUUAGUCCAUUUAUGUCGUUUAUCACUUCAACGAUGGUAUGAUAAAAAUACUAAUUCAAUUUCACCUACUUGGAUUGAUAUUCGGCAGCAGACAAAUGAAUUAAUGCAACUGCUUAGUGAAGAUGCAGGAAUCGUUGCUGCACGAUCACUCUGCAUUUAUGGGUUUUUACAUUUGACUUUUCAAGAAUAUUUUGUGUAUUUGGGUUUGGUAGAUAAUACAGAAGAUUCAAUUGUUACUCGAUUUCUUUCACUCUAUUCGAAUCCUCGUCUACGAGGACCUCUUCAUCUCGCCAUGGGAUGGAUCAGUUUUUGGUGGAGUUUCAAA